AGGCUCCAGGCUCGCAGCCCAGCUCUCAGGAGAGUCAGCCCCAGCGCCAUGAGGAGCAUCCUGGUCUUCGGCCUCUUGGCCGCGCUCACCGUGGUGGCUGUAGAGUCCCUGGAGUGUCCACAGUGUAUUAAUAUUUUAUCUGACUGUAAUGAUACCGCUCCCACACCGUGUCCUGUUGACAGCCAGAGCUGCGGGGUUACUGUGGCCAGAUGGCCUGGAGAUUUCAGUCAGAUGGAUCAGUUCUGCUCAGCAGAACCACCAGGAUCAUCUUUGAACUUUGCUGUCCGGGCAACUAACCAAGAGCUGUUCCUGUUUGCAAACGAAAACUGUAGAGAAAAAGAGACAUGCACUCCCACUCUUUCUGCAGACUUCCCAAAGGUUGGGAAGAGCAACACCGAGUGCCCUACCUGCUCUGCGUUAAAUGGCGACUCCUGUGAAGUGAGAAAUGAGAUAUGUGGUGAGGGAGAGCGAUGCGUCGAUCUGCGUGCACAAUUUAGUGUUCGUUCUACCAUUGAGGCUACAGUCAAUUCAGUAAUUUCUUCGCAGCUGGAAAUCAAGGGCUGCUCCAACAUCAGUGACGCUGCCUGCAUCCAGCUGUCAGAGGGAAACGUUGUUGUGGGAAACAUCACAUUCCAGCACUUGAUGUGCACACCCGAGCCGACAAUGACCCCUGACUCCAACACCACCUCCAAUUCCAGGGGCACAGGCAUGGGCACAAACCUUGACAUGACCUCUGCAUUGUUCAAGGAGCCUAGUGGGUGA